AUGUCAAUUUUAUUAAAUAUUCUCUGGUUAUUCUAUAAUCUAUUGAUAAUUGGUAAUAAAUCUACAAAAGAAAUAAGUUAUAGAGGUAUAUCUAUAACAUGGCGUCGUCUUCCAUCAAUAAAAUCUGAUGUUAUUUCACUGGAAAUAAUUCUAUCAAUAUCUUUAACAGAUAAAAUAUCUAAUCUAUGUGAUUUUCAUCAUUCAAAAUUCUAUAAAAUCGAUGAUAAGUUUGGUAUAGAAUGUAUAGAUUCAUGGGAUAAUUGUAUUUCAUGGCCAUUUCACAUUUUAUAUAUUGAAUGUCAAUCAAAAAUUCAUGAUUAUCCACAGACUAUGAUUUUUAAUAAAAUAAAUCUUUCACUUCCUUCAAUAUUUAAUUCAAGUAAUAUUUAUUAUAAAUUUCGAUUUCCAUCAUUAAAUUGUUCAUGUUAUUGGUAUAAUAUUGAUUCAUCUGAAAAUCAAAUUGAAUUAAUAUCUUAUUUAAAUUUAAUUGAAAUCGAAAAAUUAAAUUCUCCUCCAAUAGCUCGUUUUCCUGAACAUAUUUAUAUAAAUUUCAAUGAAGAUUUGAUUUAUUCACUUGAAAUAUUUGAUCCUGAUGAAGAUCUAUUUCAUUGUUAUUUAUUAUCAUCAUUAAUCUCUUCAAUAAUAAUUCAAGAAAAUUGUAUUUUAAUAAUAAAAGCAAACAGUCAAAUAAAUCAAUAUGAAAUUCUGAUUCAAAUUGAAAUUAUUGAAUAUUUUAAUAAGAAUAAGAAUCAAAUACGUUCUCGUUUACCAUAUCAUUUUAUUGUAUUUAUUGAUAAUGAAAAUAAAACAGAUAUAUGUACUAAUAAACCUUUGAUUAAUUUCUUAAAUAUUGAGAAUAAUUUAAUUCAUGUUGCAUUAAAUCAACCAAUUGAAAUUCAUUUAAUAUCACAAAGUCAAUGUCAAAUUGAAAUGGAUGAAUGUUUUAUUCUAAGUGGAUUUUAUUGGAAAAUAAUUCAAUCAAUUAUAUAUGAACAUCAAAGUCAAAUUCAAUUACAAUUUCAAUGGAUUCCAAAAUCUAUUCAACAAUGUGGAUAUCAUAUUCAUUGUAUUCGAUGUUUAGAUCAAUUUCAAAAUUAUAAUGACAAAUGUAUUAAUAUCUUAGUUUAUGGAAAUGAUUGUCGUAAGUUUAUUCUUGCGUGUGGAAAGUAA